GCCCCGGGGCCCGAGCCGCUCGGCGCGCCGCGCUCCGGCCGCCAGGUGGGAGUCGAGAACGUUUCCUGGCGCCCGAGCCAUGGUGGCCAAACAGCGCAUCCGGAUGGCUAACGAGAAGCACAGCAAAAAUAUCACCCAGAGGGGGAAUGUAGCCAAAACCCUGAGGCCGCAAGAAGAGAAAUAUCCUGUGGGCCCAUGGCUGUUGGCACUGUUUGUUUUUGUUGUCUGCGGCUCAGAAAAUGUGUGCUGUCCAGAGGUUCCAGAUGGACGGCCAUUCUCGGUCUGCUCCCAGGUGGAUAAAGCCCUGAUCCAGCCAUGGGCUGCUUCUUGACUGGGCCACCGGGGUGCUCCAUCACCUUGCUCUGUCCUGGACACCUGCUCCAGGGCAAAUUUGAAUUCACCGUGUUUGCAGGUCGACCACAUAAGCACUGGCCUUUCCUGGAGACUGCCCGAACUAUCUUGAAACUGUGACACCCAGAGGGAGUCACAGCCCCAAGAUUGGCAAGUUUGAGGAAUUGAGCAGCCCUGGGAGAAACCUUUCUGUUUCACCACAAAGGAAAGCUUGAGGACAUGCGUCUGCUCUGGAACUCCUGCCUCAGGAUCUGAGAUGGACGGUCUGAAAAAGAUGUCUCAUCAGCCACUGGCUCCCUCAAGCUAUCUUCCAGAUCAUUCAGAGCAUAAGGAUGGGCAUGUGAGCGGGCUGGGCUGGGACACGGCCCCCUGCCGCUGGCAGGUGGAGCUCUUAGCCGGGUAUCUGUGGGAAGCCGACAAGCCACCCAGAAGAAAAAAAAAGGCUCCCUCAACUGUUCCCUGAUCACUUCAUCGUGGAUGUCAGACCAAAUUUCUUUCUCACGGGACAUCUCGGUACAUCUGUGCUCUCAAGCGGAAAGGACAUUUUGCUUUGCAGUUGGCAGGAUUGGUAGCUCUCCGGGUGUCUGCAGCAGAGCUGUCUGUCUGCUUUUGCCCUGGGUUUCACUGAUGUCUGCAUGUGGGCUUCUGAAUGAUCACCGCUUUACUUUCUAUGGAUGCAAGCUCUGCUCCGUUGGGAAUUGCUUUUACAAAUAAAUGUCUUUGUUCAACCU